AUGCUGGGAACUACAAAUUUGCCCUGGGAGUUUUUGCCAUGCGCGGGAAUCAGCGGCGGUCCCAGAAAAUUUCACGGAGGAACGGGAGAAUCGGCAAAAGCGACUGUUAUAAAUGUACUGUGCGUAACGAUGAGAGUGCAUUAUGAAAGUGAAUUCAAUGGUGAUAUAAUGUAUGUGAGGACCCCAGAGGAAGUGUCCAUUUUGGUGCUGUUUCGUGUGCAGCGUGUUCGGCGUUUUUCCGUCGCACUAUCGCCGAAAAUCGCAAAUACUCCUGCCGGCGCACCUCUGAUGGCUCCUUCGACUGCCCAAUUGACCAAAUGCUUAUCUCAAGUUGUAGAACAUCGUUGUUAUUGCCGAGCUUGUCGAUUGCAAAAAUGCCGACGGAUGGGUAUGGAUCGGGGAAGUGAGUUGUUUGAUCCCUACAUCUUUUCUGCCCUAGGUGUGCAACUGCAUCGAGAUGCCUACGGUUCCAAAACAAAACAACUUGAGCAUGAUUCGUCUCACGUUCAGCAACCUUCUUGUUCGAACUCCUCCUCAGAUGCACACUCACCAUCUUCGCAGGAGAAAGUGAAUGCCACCAAUGUUCUGGAUCUGCCUUCGUUGUCUAAUGCGAGCCUGGCGGAGCAGCUUCUAAUAUUCUCUCGCACUCCAUUUGCUACUAAUGGGUCACAUAAAGAAUAUUCGGAGUCUUACGAAAGUGCAGAGGCUGAUCAUGAGGUGACUUUGAGUGUACAUAUGUUGAGAUAA